AUGGCAUGGGCUAGCCGCCCAAUGCCAUGUCUUGAUGACGAAGUUGCGGGACGUAGAGCUGCCAUAAGACCUUCAACAGAUGAGAGCUCUACAUCACAUUUUGAGGACGGAAAAAAAACUGCAGUUUUUUUGAAAGGCAUUCCCGAAAACGUUCAUGAGGAAUUCAUUGAAAUGUACUUUGAGCACAACAAGAACUUUACAGGUGUAAAGGUUCACUCUGUUUGUAUAGACAGGGAAGAGAGAACAGCUAUAGUAAAGUUUAAGGACAAGCAAGCUGCCAAUGUCGUUUUGGAAAAAGAAUGUAUCAUCAUGAAGCGCGCAAGGGUUCAUAUAGAAUCGUAUCACCCCGAGCAACAAACACAAGAUGUAAAACAAACCGUACACAAUACGGAACUGCCAAGAGUUAUUUUGAAAGAUUUGCCCGAUGAUGUAGACCAAGAAGAUAUAGAAAUGGUGUUAUGUAGCACGAAACGUGUUGGAAAUAUAGAAGUGGUUGACAUUGACUAUAAUGAGGAGGAUUCCUUGGCUGUUGUGACUCUUGGAAAUCAGAAGUGUGCUUCUUUUGUUGUCAAUCGGAGUCCAAUAAAAAUGAACGGAAGCAAAUUACUACUUAGAAAGCUGCCGAUAGAUGAAAUAAUUGGUUCAGACGAAAUUAUAGCUGAUAAUGGAAUCGAUAAAGCACAAACACAACUUCUUGUAGAAGAUAUUCCGGAAGAUGUUGACAAGGAAAUUAUUCAGAUGUUCUUCGAAUCAAGAAGAUUUAAGUCCUGCGAGGUGAUUGAUGUUGAUUUCGAUGAGAAAGAUAGAAACGCUGUCGUCCGAUUUGCAAAACCAGAAGUUGCAGAUAGGGUUGUUUUGCGACAAAAUCAUUACCUAAGAAAGAGACAUUUACAUGUCUCACUAAUCAGGCCACCACGAUCUACAAAAUGUCAAAAGCUUCCACGUUACACUCAAAAGAAACCUUCUAGGACGAUACGUGUCCGUGGGAUGAGGAAGAUUAGGACCAGGGAAUCUGUGAACUGGUACUUUAAAAGCAAGAAGAGGGCAGGAGGUGGAGAUAUCGAAUCGAGAUACACCGAUGAGGAGGACGAUGAUACAGUAUACAUUACAUUUAAUGAGGAGAACGCUGCUAAAGCUGUAGCAGACCGUGAGCACCACACUGUGGAUGGAGUUGACCUUAUGGUAUCCCUAUACUCUCCGUCCGUUCAAACAACGCCUAGUUACACGAACAAGGUCCUAAUCAAAGGGCUAAACACAAAAAUAACAGAGAGCCUACUUGGACUAUAUUUAGAAGCUAAAGCUAACUAUACUCUUAUAGAUGGGAGUCUUACCUACCACGCUGUCCGUGAUGAUGUUGCUUUAGUAACUACAGAACAAGAUAUAGAUUUUGAAUCACUGGAACGGGUAUGCAGAGAUAAACCGCUAGAAGGCUCAUACUUGGAUGUCUCCUCUGUUCCAAUAUCAAACUGUAUCGUCGUGUUCAACAUUCCUGACAAUGUAACCAAAGACAUGGUUGAGCUCUACUUUGAAAAUAACAAGAGGAGCAAUGGUGGACCAGUUAGCAAAGUUGGGAUGUUCAAAUCCCUAGGAUUCUGUUUGGUUUAUUUCGAUGAUUUUAAAACUGUGGGAUCUGUUUUAAGUAAACAGCAAACAUUGAGUAGCAUUGUAGUCGAAGUGAAAAGAUACCUUCCAUGUAUUGCAAGAGCAGAAGAGGACUCUGUUAAUGGAAAACUUCGAUUUUGUGAUCCCACUGCAAUAAUUGUGAGUUCAUCAAAAAUCAGAUUUAUCAAAAGUUCUCAGUUGGCUACAGUAUCACUUGAUGCGCAGAUGAGCAUGUGCUAUGCAGCAUUGACCUGGUCAGAAGAAAGUUGUUCAGUCGAAAUAGCAUGUACAUUGACGACUGAAGUGGAAAAUUGUAUUUCAUUAACAUGUAAUUGGAAGGAGCGUGCAGAACAAACUUUCAAUGAUUUUAUAGACAAAAUAUCGGGCCAGGACAUGCCCGUUAAGCAAGAGAUUUGGGAGAAGGUCACACUUAAGCUCUCUAAAGUUUCCCUAGAGAAGCCUGAUGUGGUUGCCGUCUAUUUGGCGAAAGAAGACAGUAAAAUAAUCGUUGUUGGCAUGAAGCAUGCUGCUGAUCCGCUUUUUGAUAGUAUUUGUGGCCUCAUUGAAUUGGCUUCAAACGAGUUUGCGAACCAGUGGACAAGAGAAAUUGUUACGGUAUUAAAACAGAUUGAAACAGAGAUGCUUAUUGCGGACAGAUUUCCAACAAACAUGGAAACAAUUAAUCCUGACGUUAAAGUCAAAAUAAAUCAAGUAAAGAACGAAAUUAUUUUCGAAGGUACAAAUAAAAAUGUGAAUUCAGUGCUUUUGAAAAUGUACGAACUGAAAGAAAAGUUUCGGUCGCAAGAAUUUCAAUUCCAGAAAGAAGUUCUUUGCCUGUACGACCCAAGCAACAAAACUGUGAAGGAAUACAUCGUGAAAAAAAUGAAAAACAAUCACGUUGUUGCAGUUUGGGAAAUCCGUCGAAGCAAACUUAUUGUGAUGUCUACAAAUAAGCAAACACUAGCCACAGCUGCAAAACUUGUUCGAGAAUCUGUGUUGAGUAAAACAAUUAUAUUAUCCGAAGAAAAUAGUUAUGUAUUACAUAGCGGCACUUGGAAAGAAAAACAAAAAGAGUUGAAUGCAAAAUAUAGAGACAAAUUGGUCCUGUACACGAACGGUCUAAGCAAACUUGUUAUUGGGACCACAGAUGAUAUUGCGAAUGAAGUCGAACAUUCUAUUCAGUCAUUCAUAAGGGCUCAUUCCAUCUUAAUAGACACCAUCAAAGUCCCCAAAAAUGUGUAUAGGUUAAUGAAAUGCAACCAUGAGAGUGAUGUUCAAAGAAAUGCAAGUUCUUUGCAUUCAGAGCAAGUUCGUAUAUGUUUAAAAGAUGAUGCAUAUGCGUUUGAAAUAUCUGGUACAAAAGAUGGAAUGGAGCAGGCAAAGGCUCAAGUGGAAGUACUGUUGAAAAAGGUAAACAAGAAGAAGCACGAAGUCAGAAAACAAGGUCUUGAAGAAUAUAUGCAAACUGAAAAGGGAAGAGAAAUAAAGCGAUCUAUUGAAUCGGCGUUUCCAUGUGUUUUAUCCAUGAAUGACGACAGUGAUGAAGAUGAUGACAUGGGAAGUGACAAAAUUUGUGUGAUUGCAAGCUGCACAGGUUAUGAAAAUCGACAGAUUUUUGCUGCCGUUUGUGAUAUAUCAGAAAUAAACGUAGAUAUUAUUGUUUACCCAUCUGACGACAAAAUGAGUAUAUCUGAAGGACUAGGAAAAGUGUUAAAAGUGAAAGGAGGACUAGCGCCUGAACGCCCUUGCAAAGGUUUCACCAAAAACAACGGCCCACUGAGUGAGGGAGAGGUUUUUGUAUCCCCGGCAGGAAACCUUAAAGCAAAGCACAUUAUUCAUGUGGUGGUUCCGGCUUGGAAGGACGGUACUCAACAAGAGGAUGAAAAGCUGGCAGAGGUGGUGUUCAUGGCAAUGAAACAGGCGUCUAUGAAAAACCUGAAAUCACUUGCCAUGCCUGCUUUAAGUUGUGGUGUUUAUGGAUUUCCUGUUAAGAAAGCGACAUACAUAAUUGUAAAAGCCGUUAAGAACUUUUUCCGGGAGAAGCAAAAUAGCUCUUUGACAGAGAUCUACCUGUGCGAUAGGAAGGAUGGAACAGUUUAUGCUUUUAUUGAAGCUUUACAAAAGGAAUGGGUAGAACAAAACGUGAACAAACACGCAAACAACCAAACACCACGUCAGAAAUCUGACGCCGAAGAAGCCGAACAUUUAUACGAGAGACUUCCGGGAGCAGAGUGCCCUGACCCAUAUUUGUUUUGGAACGUGAGAAUUACAAUCAAAUCAGGCGACAUUACUUCUGAGGAUGCUGAGUGCAUUGUUAACAGCUCAAAUGAGGACUUGGAUUUCAAAAGAGGAAAUGUUUCACAGGCGUUGAUGAAGAAGUGCGGAAAGCCGCUCUUGAAGGAAGCAACGUCAAAGAAGGGUGACAUGAAGAAGGAUGAAGUGGUUAUAACGAAAGCUCCGCGUUUGAAGUGCCGUCAAAUUAUGCAUGUUGUGGCCAAAGAGUCACCACAGGAGUGGAAGCAGAUUAUCGUCAAGUGCUUAAAACGUGCCAAGAAAAAGGGCUUCCGUAGCCUUGCAUUCCCUGCAUUAGGAACUGGUAAUGUUACCGUCGCUGCGGCAACUGCACAGAUAAUGGUACAGUCGACAAAAGAAUUUGCAGCGGAUGGGUGCGGCAGCUUAACAGACAUCAGAUUUGUGAUUUUUCAGAAAGAGAUGAUUGAAAGUUUUCACUGUGCAAUUCGCAAGGCAAAGGGCUUACAGGGAGUUCCCGGAGGAUUGCCUCCGCCUCAAAAGCCGUUCACUCGUAGGUUUGGUAAGUUUAAAGCGAAUGAGGACGCUGUACGUUUCACACUGUGGGCCCUUGAACAAAACACUAUAAGUUCAGCAAUUAAAGAGUUAGACAGUUGCAUUGAACAUGAAGUGUCUACGAAAGUUUUUAGGGACAGUGUUAUUUCCCGGAUGAAUGAUAAACAGCUAAAGGAAAUCAAACAGAAGGCAGACGAAAACAAUGUCGAAUACAAACUAAUUGGUGGAUAUAUCCAGAUUGUUGGUUUUAUGCCGAAUAUGGUUCAAGUUACAGAUGAUAUAUAUACAUGUAUGCGUGAUGCUUCAAAAAUAGAAAAUGCCGCUAUGAUACUAAAAGACAUCGUGCAGUGGUAUUGGAUAGAACAGAUCGAAAUGGAGAAUGAACUGAAACCCUAUGAAAGUAUGCUAAACUAUCAAAUAGAGCAGGCUUUCAAGGCGCAAAAAGACAAUUUUACUUACACUGACAAUGGAGAAAUGAUGAUCGUUGAUUUUAAGAAUUGCUCCAAGUAUUCCCAGUUCAAGCAUGAAGAAAAAGAUACUAUUCUUCGAAAAGAUCUCAUCAGAGUAUUCAGCGGUAAGGUUCCAGCCAACUGGAAAGCCAUGAAGGGUUUUUUUCUGGUGUAUAAGUUGGCCCCCGCUGACAAGGAGUACACUGAUUUAUCCGGGACAUUCAACGCGUCCAGUGGUGGAGGCUACAUUAUUCACUCGAUCGAGAAAGUUCAAAACAAAUCACUAUGGCUACAGUAUGAAGCGAAAAAGAAACAACUCGAGGGACAGAAUCCUGCAGGAACGAAAAACGAGCAAUUCUUGUGGCACGGUACAUCUGAAGUCACCGUGGACAAUGUCAACGUAUUUGGCUUUAACAGGAGCUACUGUGGAAAAAACGCUACGGCCUUUGGGGAUGGCGUUUAUUUUACUGUAAAUGCAAACUAUUCCUGUCUUGAUACGUAUUCAAGACACGGUGCCCAGGGACUAAAGAAAAUGUAUUACUGCGCUGUUUUGACUGGUGAAUUCAGUUUGGGAAAAGCUGGAAUGCGCGUCCAGCCACCGAAACCUAACGCAGGAAAGAAUGCCUUGUACGAUUCCGUCGUUAAUAACGUUGCUGGUCCAGCUAUGUAUAUAAUAUUUAACGACACACAGGCCUACCCUCUUUACAUAAUAACGUUUAAGAAACAGUAG